AAAGGAGCAGGAUGAGAUAAUUAACGCAUUUUCUGACAUUGAAGCUGACAAAAUAAAUGAGAUUGUUACGAUUGUAAGAAAUAUUAUACAACUUGUAAAAUCAAAAACUUUUUAUGGGGUAACUAAUAAAGAUAUUUUGACACUAUUGCAAUCCAUUACCAUGAACAAGCUUCCUAUGAAUGCAUCAGACCUCAUAAGUCGUUUAGUCAAACAACAAUUGAUUUUGCGAGUGGGCAUUUGUGAACCUAGAUAUAUUCAUAAAUUUCAUGCUUCACCAUGGCUUGUACAAACUACGAAAGUGCUCCGACUGGAUCGUGAGAAAAUGUUUAAUGCAAAAGACAUCUUACAUAGUUCAAGUGGUAAAAGAAAACGAAAUAUGAGUAGGUCUAGUACGUCUGUUGCAAAAAAACGAAAGGUGGAAGAGCAGGAAUCUGCAUUGGAAAUGGAAGUUGAUGAGCUUGAAACUACAGCAAGCAUAGAUGAUUCCAUCAACCUUCCACAAGAGCAACUUUCACAAUCAAGUAUACUAGAAGAAAGUAAUACUGAGGAAUCUCAGGAAAGGACGGUCUUAGAUGAGUCUACAGAGGUUCGUGAAGGUGCUCAGUAUGUAGAAAGUGCAUGUGAGCAACUUAAAAUUACUAUUAGCCCUUGGAUAAGAGUGGAUGGUAGUAUUAACAAAAGAGUUUUAGAUCAAUGGUUAAGUACAGUUUUAAGUUAUUGUUUGUCAUUACCGGGAAUUUUAUUGCAAGAUGUGCAGAAAAAGUUCAGUUUUCAAUUACCAUUUCAUACAAGGCAACUUGUUGAGAUAUUGGUGCAACUAAAAUGCUUAUAUCUCCAAAAAGUUGUGCGAACAGAAGUUAAUCUGUUUUCAAAAAUGUCUCAGACUACAAUAGAAUCAGCAAGUGGUUUAGAAGAAGCAGGAGAGAUGAUAAUUAUGCCAGCUGAAGAUGCUGUUUUAAAGUUUGGUGUUUUUAUAGGUGACAGAAUAUAUGCAACUAGUUUUUUAACUCAUGUUAAAUAA